AUGUUCUGGUGGAUUUUUUGUUUCACUUUGACCAUGUUAGCCCAUGAUGUGCAUUCUGAGACGAAAUCUAAUUUAUCUUCUUUAAAAACCCGUUUCGAGCCAUUGAUAGAUUUCAUUAAAUGUAUCAAAAUCUCGGAAAGUCCUACAAUCCCCACUAUAACGCCACAUGAACUAGAGAGCAAAAACGAUUCAAUAACAAAAAAAUUAUCAUGUGGAUCUACUCCAACUACGUGUAAAAAAGACAUAUAUAGGUCCUUUGAUGGCACUUGCAAUAAUUUAGAAAAUCCUUCCUGGGGCGCGGCGAAAGAACCCUUUGCAGAAUUAGUAAAUAAUAACUAUGCUGAUGGUGUGCACCAAUUUCCUGAAACGUCAGAGAAUGAACAAUUACCGAAUCCCCGUGCUAUUAGUCUACUUGUCUUUCCAUCCGAAAAUAUUAUUGAUAAGAAAUGGAACCUCAAUACAAUGCAAUGGGGUCAAAUAAUUGCCCACGACAUGUCUUUCGCCGGUAGAACUACAUUUAUCAAUAAUAAUCCUGUGACAUGUUGUGAUAGUGAAGGCCAACUGACUUCCGAUUCUGAAAAAAACCCUUUCUGCGCGCCUAUACUCAUUCCUGAGAAUGAUGCUGUCAACAAAGAAGAUGGAAGGGAAUGUAUGGAAUUUGUGAGAACAGUUUCAACAAAGGAUAUUGACUGCACUUCAUCAAAAUCGCCCUCCUUCCCGAUAAAUGAAGUCACGUCCUACUUAGAUCUGUCUUUGACAUAUGGUAGUAGUAAGAAACAAGCUGACUCAUUGCGUGAAGGCCGAGGGGGGCCGCUUAAAAGUGAAUAA